GGUGAGUAAUAGCGAGUAAGUUCCAUAUAGAAGGAUUUCCAAUUAUAUUACUGCACAUAACAUAAUAAAUUUCGAUCCAAACGGCAUUGUUUUGUUUUUGUAAUUUACCUGCAUUAUUGCAAACAUCAGACGGAUAUCUUAUGAAAAGCAUGCAAAAAUAGACAAUAUCAUGUCCUGAUGGCAUCAGCUUUUGAUAUAAGAAAGAUAUUUCUUCCACAAUUUCUUGGAAAUAUAAUAAGUUACUUAAACACUUGCCAUUCACCUUGUUACAACGAAAAAUAGGUUGUUUAUAUAUAAAGCUUACUCAUUAUGUAUGUCUGUUCUUAACAGUUAGAACUAAGAUGACUGGGUUCGAUUCCCAUUUAUACUCAGAUUUGUAAAUAUAUAAACCAAGUAGGUAUAAAUUAAGUAAGAAGUGUAUACAAAGAUGUUUUUACAAAGUUAAGCAGGUUCAUAUAAUUGUCAUAGGUGUAUAUUGGUGAUGCAUGUUAAUGACUGUUUGAGAGUAUGUAUUUGUUCAAUGGGUUACAAGUACAAGACAAGUAUUUCACUCUUUGCUUGGGUUCAAGCCCCAAAUUAUUAUUAGAAAUUCAAUUUUUUUAAGUUUGAUUCGCUGUAAUGGCACUUAGACGGAAAAAUGUAUUCUUUACUCCUUUGGUAAAUAGUGUGAUUAUAAGUAUGUAUGUACUAUUAAGUAAUUAAACUGAGUACAACAGUAAGCCAAACAGCUGAACGUGGCCUAUCAGUAUUUUCAAGACUGUUGGUUCUGUCUACCCCAAAAGGGAUAUAGACGUGAUUACAUAUAAGUAUGUAUGUACUAUUAACACAAAGGAAUACUAUCAGGCAGCUGAAUGAAAAACGUUAGUAUAUCUUUUCUCUGCAUCAUAGAUGUGCCUAUUAUUCACUAUUGAUAAUGAACUCGCCAAGUUUCAAAACUGGAAACGGCGAAUGCAGUGGCAUUACAAUUAGAGGGAGAGAGAGUUAGAUCUUUUAUAACAUUAUCUUUGUUUAGCGUUUUAUGUAGUAUACUCCCGAGUUUCAAAACUGAAACUUAAGAACAUAAUUUACAGGGCAUUGGAAUAGUUUAUAUCUGUGACAUUUAUAUGGGUUCAAAUCCCAGUUCUGUGUGUGUUUUUUAUAUGGGCCCAAGCUUUGAAGCCAGAAGCUAUGAAUGCUAUUGGAAGUUUAUAGGUGUAAGUGAGGGAAUUUAUUAUGAUUAGUGUCACACCGAUUUGGGUUCGAAUCCCAAUUAUUUCUUUAAUAUUUGGUGUUCUAUAUUGCAGAUCACAAGAUAUAAAGCCCAAAAUUGAUAAGCUAUUCUAUUGGCAUUAUGGUGAAAAACAGAAUAUCAUUUGAUCAGUCACAUUGAUAAUAUGGGUUCAAAUCCCAAUUAUUUAUUUAAUGUUUGUUAUUUUAUUAAGCACACCCUAAGGUUCAAAGUCAAAUACUGAAAAGGCAAUUAAAAAUUAUAUUAAGAUGAAAGAGAGAGUUAAUUAAGAUCAGUCACGGUUGAAUGAUUUAGGUUCAAUUCUUGCAUCCUUGUAAGCUUUGCCCUUGCAUUCAGUUUUAAGUGAUUCCCUCUAAUGGACCUAAAUAUAAAUAGCCUUAGAAUUAUAUUAUAAUGAAAGAGAUAAUUUAUUUUGUCUAUGGACAUCUGUUUGGGUUGUUGGGUUCGAUUCCCAAUUAUUUGUUUGUACAUGUUUAGUAUAAAAUAAAAAUAUAAUAGCAUCUUUAUAAGUACUUACAAUAAUUCAUUCAUGGUGAAUGAAUAUAUUUUUGAUUAUCAAUGGUUUGGGUUCGAUUCCCCGGCUUUGCCUUUGUAUUUAGUUCUAAGUAGGAUUAGGAAAAAUUAUACUAGGUUCAAUUCCCAGAAGAUUUACAGGGCAUAUGAUUUUGUUGCCAAAGAAUUCUAAUGUAUAAUGGGUUCGACUCCCGUGUGAUUUCAAGGAUUUCAAUAAGUAGAAAUAACUAAGACUGUGUAAUGAGAGAAAGAUUAUAUGAGUGAGAGAGAGAGAUGACCAUGUUAUGUAUGAUCCCGUUGCAUAUAAUUUGUGACAACCUCAGUUUGAGUUUUUGUAUAGGGUUAGUUAGUUAAGAAAAGUGGAUGGAGUUUAAAUUGGGUUCGAUUCCCAAAGUUAAAUUUUUAAAAAGAAUAUUUAUUUUAUUAUUUUGUUGAAAGAAUAAAAAUUAAAUGAAUAAAGAUCUUCGAGAGACCAAAAAAUUUGAUAUUCAAAGGUGAAUGGCGUAUUUCUUGAAUAUUUGUGCUAUUUCAAAGUCAUGAUAUUGUUUAUUUUUAUUUUUUAAGAUGUCUGUCCCUAUACAUUUGGAGAUCCUUCAACAGUUUUAUAACUAGCUAUUUAAAUAUAAAAACCAUGGUGCCAUAACUUUACAUUUUUAUAUAAAAUUUUAGAAGAUCGAGUUUUCUAAACAAAAGUAAAAUGUUUUAUUUUAUUUAAAAAAAAGAUUGUAAUUUGUUGUUUAUGAAUAAAUAAAUAAAUAAAAAACAAAAAGAAAUUUGAAUAAAGAGAUGCGGGAUGGACGGUCUUAUUAUUUACCUUGUUCCCUUUCCUUGUUCCUUCCCAGUUUUGAAAGCACAAUUUUUUUUAUGGUUUCUUACUAUUCCUAAUGAUUUUAAAAAAAUAGUAAGGAAUCAUUUUUCAUAAAUAAAGUGUUAUAUGGGCGGUGGUUGUAUUUUUAUUUAUUUCCCCCUCUGGUAUUUUGGUAUAAUUUUUUGGUUUUGCUCAUCAGUGCCGGCGCAGUUCAUACCGGGUCGUACCGGCGCCGGUCUACUCAUACUGAACGGGUUCACAUUCUACAUGAAGAAUCACCAAGCACGCGGGAAAAAGCAAUGGUACUGCUCCUCCAGGGACGUCCACGGCUGUCGCGCUGACGUCAUCACGUACAGGGAAAUAUACUAUCUCCCUUCUCACCGUACGGGCAGCAUGGUGUUAAUAUUCAAAGACAAUAAGUAUUGGAUCAAUAAUAGGUACCAAAAUACUAUAAAUUGGACAUGCAGAGACAGGAAGCGACUGGGAUGCAACAGCUGUGUGCAAACGACGGUCGAAGGAAGGUACAUCAAGCAUAAAGGAUUCCACAAUCAUGACGACAACUACACAAAGUACAAUUUCAAUGUUUAA